UUUUGUUUCCGGCAACAAUUGCAAUGUCUGAACUCUAGGCUUCGUGGGCUUGCGGGCCUUGGUUUUUUGCAUUUCUCGCCACUCCUGGUAUUGCAAGGCCGCCUCGGGCCUUUUCGAGAACCACGGAUCACAGCUGCAGUCAAGGUCGUUUUGGCUGAAGCGAAAAACUCGCAAAAAGGAAUGCUCGUGCAGUUUGCUUGGCUUUGUUCAAGCCCACAUGAUGGCUGCGAGCCAGAAGGGGACAAGAGUGCCCGGCAAGAGGACCAGCUGAAGAGUAAAGUUCAAAAGAUGCUGCGCGAAAAACAUCGGAGGGGGGAAGAGGCUAGGCAGAGGCAGAGGCAGAGGCGGAGACAGAGACAGAGACAGAGGCACAAAAAAGACAAGACCACCAAGAAGGAAAAGUCUGAAGGAAGUGAAGAAAAGCCACCGUCACAAUCAGGCGCAGCUGAGCGAUUUCAUCAAGAAAUGACUGCUCGUGAGAGGGCGCAGAACCUUGUCGCCAUGUCUGGUUUCCCAAUGCCUUUCUUGCCAUGAAAGAUCAUAAAAGACCGGGCUGCUCGUCUGUGAUGGCCAACAGCUUUGAUCGAUUGCUUUUGUAAAGUCGACAUCGGAACGAUGUCCUUCAAAGUUGGCAUCAUCUCUUCCACGUGCGUGAGCACUUAGAGCUAGAACUGCCAAUGCACAGUUUCCGGUUGUGCCUCUGUACAGCAGCAACUUAAAGUUGUAACAACCUCCGGCAGCGAACCUAGGAGCAAGGACGCUACUAGGGGCUCCUGGCCUUACUACUAGUAUAUACGUAACAAUAGAGCUACUAGGGGCUCCUGGCACCGC